AUGGAAGAAAAUAAAUUCGAAGACGAAAACACUUCUGAAGAAAAUUCUGGAAACCCUGAAAUCCCCAAAGACAUAGUCGGUGAAGAAAAAGAUCUGUUUAAUAAUGGUACUGUCUUUAAAACUAUCACAAAAGUUGGCUUUGGCUACGACACCAUUGAAUAUAAAGAUGACAUAACCAUUGAUAUCACUGUCCGUCAAGAAGGAGCAACUGUAUUUCAAGAGCCAAACCUGAAGCUUGUAAUAGUCCCUGAAAGCGUACCUGAAGCCCUCAUAGAAAUCCUCAAAACAAUGAAGCUCAAAGAAGAAGCGCAGCUAAAAAUCCAUAAUAAAUAUUUUCGUGACAAUUUCGAAAGGUUUAUGCCAAACCCAGUGACUGAUGCUGAUUUUUUAGUCGACAUAAAAAUUAUUGAUAUGAGAAAAGCAGAAGAUAUGUACCUUGAUGGUAGUUUUUAUAAGAGAACUAUAGAAGAAGGGGCAGGAAAAGAUCUGCCCAAUACAAAUGCACAUGUGAGGGUUUUAUAUAAAUUAGAUAUAGAAGGAGAAACUGUACUGACAAAUUUUGACCAAGAGCCUCUAGAGAUCAUUAUGGAUGAAGACGAGGUGCCUUCGCUAUGGACGCAUUGCUUGAGGCAGAUGAAAGAAGGAGACUUGGUCAAGGUCGAAUGCAAUUUGAUGGGACUACAUGCAAAUUAUCUCAACGAUGGCCUGGAUAAGAAAUAUAAUUUUGAUACCUACGCAAAAGAAAACCAACAUUCUGCAGAAUUUUAUAUAAAACUCGUAUCGUUUCAAAUGGGAAGAACAAACUAUAACAUGACUACACAAGACAGAGCUGAUGAAGCAUUGAGAAUUAAAGAAGCUGGAAACAAGCUUUUUAAGGUUGGCAGAUAUGACCGCGCAGUUGAAAAAUAUGAAGCUGCAAAUACCACAAUAGACCCCAUAACUGAUGAUCCACACAAAUUUAGACCUGUAUUUUUUAUUUAGAUAAGGAACGCUCUAUUAGGAAAUAUCACCCUUUGCAAUUUGAAACUGGAAAGGUGGCAUGAGGCUGCAGUUGACGCAAAUAAAAUUCUUGAUAUGAAUCCAGCAGAUGUUAAAGCGUUAUAUAGAAGAGGCUUAGCUAGAAAAGAGCUGGAGAAUCUUGAAGGAGCUUUAGAAGACUUUAAAGAAGCCAAAAGAGUUAGCCAGGAAAAAGGGGAUAAAGAGAUGGGGGUAACGGUAGAAAAUGAGAUUAAAAGGAUUAAAGCAAUUAUGAAGAAAAGCUAUAGCCGUGAAAAAGAAAUUUACAAAAAUCUUUUUAAAUAA